CAGCCAACUGUUUCGUCCCUUGAGCUUGGGAAUUUCCCCACGAGAGCAGGAUGUCGGAUCAUUCCGCUUUUGAGAAGAAUGCCGAAGUGAUUGCAAUGCUUGUUCGGGCAAUUGAAGGAAAGGUUGUGAAAUUUUCAAAGGGGGUUCUUCUACGUGGCUUGUAAAACUUCAAUCGUUGCUUAGAUCUGAACUUUAGUAAGCAAAAGUGCUAAGAGCUUUGCUUUCUAAAAAGGCCGAUUUUGGUGGGAGUUCUGAUGGUGGUAUGAUUGACAGCCUGAGGAGGAAUUCAUUGCCAGAUUUACAUGUUUGCAGGCGGCAUGUCCUGUAUAUACAUACGCUUCAAGCUUCAUUAGUGUUGAAAAGGUAGUUGGAGAAAGAACUAAUGAGCUGAAAGAAAGAGAGUAAAGGAAGAUGCAAAGCGUCAGCAGCAUUGAUGGCACAGCGGCUGGAGGGUGGGGGAUUACGCUCGGAGAGGUCAGGGUCAGAAGCUGGAAGAAUCAAGCGCCAGCAGUUUAUAGAUGCCGUGCCAAGCUGGACUGGUCUUCCAGUCUGGAUCUCAGCUGUCGGUGUAGUAAAAGACAGCCUGCUCAAGGGUUUCGGAGUCAGUCCUUUUGGAGACGAAACACAGCGAAAGAUCAGCAGCAAUCACAGGAAAGGAGAGGGGUGCAUGCAAAUUGGCUGUUUGAUAACAGAGGAGCGCAGGGCCUUCUUGACUUACAACCAUGGUCCAAGCUCGACAAAGCAUCCUUGCGAGGCCAGAGGCGCGGUGUGAGGUCAAGGCGUCUACCGUCGGCAGUUCUCAGCCCUGAGAGAGAGGUGGCAACUGGUGAAGGUACAACUAGAACCGGGGAGUCUGGCGGCAGGGGUAGCUCUGUGGAAGGUGAUACGAGCAAUGUGUUGAGGCCUCUGAAACCCCGGGGCAGUAUGACGCUAGGGGAGCAGCAGAUUGUCUUGGAUCCUUAUGGGGCAGUCCAGGAUUCAGACUCGGAGUCAGACCGGGAAUCUGGGCCCUCGGAUGCGGGGAUCAAAUUGACGAGAAGGAAGAAGGUGGAUCCAAGCAAGGCAGAGCCUCAAAGCAAAGUCCAAUCAUAUCAAGCGCAAGUCAGAAAGAGGGGAGGUGAGAAUGGAGUAGCUGGGAAAAGUAGAGAGGGAGCGACUGAGGGGGCGUCACCUGAGGGGAACAAUGAACGCAAAGAGAAGAAGGGCAAAAAUAGGCGGAGCAGGGUAGGUCAAAGUUUUCAGCAAGCGAACGGGGCUGUCAGAGCAGUAAAGAGCACGAGCGAGGGGAUGGUGUCAGAGUCUGUAACGAAGUUAACAGAGGUUUUGGAAAACGUAGUCGGUGAGGGGCGGAUCGGUGGCGUUCCGGUUGCAAGGAUCAUUGCAAAGGGGCUCUCGGGGGCGGUGAAAGGCGGGGCGGCCGCGUCGAUGGCAGAGUCUGUUGGGAUGCAUGUUGGUGGCGGCCAGAUCGAAAUUGCUGCGUUCCGGGGGGCUUUGACGGGGGCCGUCGCAGACGUGGUCUCCCUCUUUAUCGACCCCCCCGCACAGGAGAUUGGCGAGGACGCUGUUGAGCGGGGGGAGCAAGCGGCCGAAGAGCUCGAGGCCCGGUUACGUGCCAAGUCCGGCGGAACCGUGAUUAUCAAACGGGAGAAGACAACGGACGGACGCAUGGGGAAGAUUCUCGGGACCGAAAAGAAGAAGGAAGCGGGUCGGAAGACGAAAAAAGAGAAGAAGGAAGGGGAAGAGAAAAAGGAAAAAGAGAAGAAGUCGGAUUCGGCGAGCGGAAGCGAGGGGAGUGUGAAUGUGCACAGUGAUGCGACGGCUUCGGAAGGGGUCAAGGAAGAGGGAAUGGUUUGGGGGCAAAUGGAGGAGCGGCAGAGCACGACGGCGGUGUCGGUGGUCGGCAAUGCGGUGGACCUGGGAACCAAGGCGCUGUCUGGCGCGAUGAAGGGGGCGAUCUGGGGCGCCGCGCAAGAGGCGUCCAAAAGCGGCUUCAUCCCUCAUGGCGCCGUUAAAGGCGCAAUUAGCGGCGCCUUCGGCGAUACCAUCGCGUCGCGAGUGGACCCGCUUGCACAAAAGAGCCAGGAGUUGAUCAACGGGCGAGAGAAGAAACAGGAAGAAGAUAAGCCGAAAGGAACGAUCCGGAGGAAAGUCGAGGGGGCCAAGGAGAUUGCCGAAACGCAGGUUUUGAGAGAGGGGGAGGGUGGACCAGAAAUUGAAGAAAAAGGGGGUGUAGAGACUGGGGGUGAGUCGAACAAGGGUGAGGGGGAGAAAAGAAAAGAGGACGAAGUAGUGGAGGUCAAUGCAACUAGAGGAGGGCGGGAAGUUCGCGUCAGGAGCGGCGCGCGGUUGCAGGUCGUUGCGAAAAAGUACAAAACGGUGGGCGAGGGGGGGAAGACUGAAGAGGUGCCGUUUCCGACAGCCGAAAGCGUUUUGGAGGGUUCAGAACGGCCCGUGAAAGUGGGGGCGGAUCUGGAGGUUGCGGCGCGGAGGGGUGACGUGGCAGCCGAUGACGAGGAGGAGGAUGAGACGUUGGCAGCCGUUGAUGCUAGCUUCCAGGCAGGGUUGGAGGCGGUGGGGGAUGACGUUAUCCCGCAGGGGCUGUCGGGUUCUGCUGACGUGGAUGAGAGGGCAGACGGUGAUGAGGAAAAGAGCGGAAAGAGUGCUAAAGAGCCCGGUGACUCUGAACCGGGCACUCAGAAAGUGAAAGAAGAGGGGCGAAAAGUGACCGGGGCGCAGCUCGCGAGGCCUCAGUCGAAGAGCGUGGACGGGCUGCGAGUGAAGAGGGGUCAUUGGAGCUCCGACCUGGUUUUCGAGACCGGGUUUGGGGGUUCGGACGUGGUUAUCGAAAACCCGCAGUUGGCAGAGAGGAUUGAGGCUGAGGAAGGGGUCGGGUUAGAGAUUGAGGGGGCCGUGGAUAACCCGGUUUCGGAGCAGCUGUGCCUGCUGAAAGAGAAGGGGGUGCAGAUGCGGAAGCAAGAGAAAGGGUUUUGGACGGAGGAGCAGCAGGCGGAGGCCGAGAAGACGGCGCUCCGCAAGCUGACGCGCGCGCUGGGGGGGGCGGUCAAGGGGGCGGCGACUGGGGCCAUGACAGAGAUGGCGACCACAGGUACUAUCUCCGGGAUCGGCGCCGUGAAAGGCGCCGUCGGUGGGGCCGUUGCUGACCUUGCAGCUGACGUGGCAGACCCGAUCGCGGAGCAGGUGGGCAAGGACAGCGACAGCGACAGCGAGGAGGAAGCUGACGCGGAUGCUGACGUGGACGCUGACGUCGAGUCUGACGUCGAGGUGGAGGUCGAAGCUGACGCCACGGGGGAACGCUUGGAAGUGACGGCCAGUGCUACCGCGACGCAGAGAGAGCGCUUAGAGAAAGGGGCCGACUGAACGCUCUGAACUUAGUUUGGCAUUGCGGGAUUGGAGUGAGGCCUCUUAAAAGGUAUAACUACUAGAUUUGUUGUGGCCUUCGAGCGUUGUACAUUGGAGAGUUUAUUACAAGCAGAGCGAGUGAAUCUUACAUAAGCUUGGUGCUGAUUUGCCAAAAUACCUGCAUUAGUUGUCGUCGACGAGUUGAUUCGUUCGUUGUAGGAGUUGGGACCAUGACUUCCCUCCAUGCGACAAGAGAGUUUGCAUAGCCGCCAGGAUAGGGAUUCUAGACUGUUUAACAGUAUAAAUUAGCUGCUUGAAUUGGACGUUUGGUCAUCACUAGACACGGUUUACGUCAUUAAGUGUGCGCGCACGGCGAGCUUGUUAGGUACAAAGGUAUACUUCUGUGUUGACUAUUUUGGUCGAACUACCUCCAUAACGUAAAGCUUUCAACGACUUCAAGAUAUACGUGUUCUGAAGUCUGGGUUUUGCCAGCGUCGCUGACGGCAG